AUCUUUGCUGCCAUGUUCCCCGAUUCGCAGCUUGCAAAGUCAUUCACCUGUGGUGAAAAUAAAACUGCAUAUGUCGCCAAAUAUGGCAUCGCUUCGUUCAUCAAGAAGGAGCUAUCGUGCAGCGUUAGUGAGAAGCCAUAUGUCGUCAUGUUUGACGAAAGUUUGAAUAAAACGACAAAAAACAAACAAAUGGACCUUCAUUUGCGAUUCUGGACUACUGAAGAUGAGACUGGUACACACUACGUCAUCUCCCGCUACUAUGGGUCGGUGUUCAUGGGUCACUCCAGAGCCGAGGACAUGUUGGGUCAUUUCAAUGAAGGUACAAAGGAGCUGAAUCUGAACAACAUGCUCUCACUAUCAAUGGAUGGGCCCGCUGUAAACUGGAAGGUUGUUGAACUCUUACAAGAGGAACACAGAGAGCAGUGUGGUGGAGCCCAACUACAAAUAAUUGGGAGUUGUGGCCUUCACACGAUGCACAACUCGUUCAAGAACGGCUUCGCAGUGUGGCAAGUUGAGAAAGUCCUGAAAGCCCUGCACUACCUGUUUCAUUGUGCACCUGCAAGGAGAGAGGACUUUAUGUUAGUGACAAAGUGUAAUACAUUUCCUCUGCCAUUUUGUGGACAUCGAUGGCUGGAAAACCUUCCAGCAGUGGAGAGAGCCAUUGAAAUUUGGCCAUAUAUUGUCACCUAUGUGGAUCAGGUCAAAGCCAAGAAGCUCCCCAAUCCAAGGUCAUCGUCAUAUGACACCAUCGCAGAAGCCCGGAUGGAUCACUUCAUCUUGGCAAAGUUACACUUCUUCAUGAGUGUCUCAAGAAGUUUUCAGCCAUUUCUCACCAAGUACCAGACAGAUGCCCCGAUGAUUCCCUUCCUCGGCAGAGAUUUGGAGGAUCUAAUCAGGAGCCUUCUCAGACGCUUCAUAAAGCGAGACGUCCAGGUUGAUGUUUCCCCAGUAAAACUGGUCAAGCUUGAUGUGACAGACCAAAAGCUUUGGGUCAGUCCAAAGCAAGUGGACAUUGGCAUGGGAGCCACAGCUGCCCUCAAGGUGAUAAGAUUGCCCAACAAUUUCAGAAGUUCCUCUUCAGUGAGGCCAGAGGAGAGGAAUUCAUGGCCUUCAAUGCAUUGGAUGGAAAAUCGCGAGUUGACAGCUUCCUGCAUAAGGCCAUGAAUGGAUAUGCAGAACUUUGGAGCUUUGUGGAAAAGCUGCUGCUUCUGUCCCAUGGACAAGCUACUGUGGAGCGUGGGUUCUCCAUAAACAAGGAGGUGGAGAUGUGCAAUAUGAACGAAGACACUAUAGUCUCACAGAGACUAAUCUGCGACUAUGUGAGGAUGUGUGGUGGAGUGGUCAAAGUGCCUCUAACUAAAGAGCUGCUAAAUGAGUGUGCAUCUGCACGCAACCGGUACAGGAUCUUCUUGGAAGAUGAGAGGAAGAAAAAGGAACAGACAAAACAGAUGAACAAGAGAAAAGAGGUUGAAGAUGAGCUUGAAGAGCUACGCAAGAAAAGAAGAACAAUCUCAACUGUGUUGAAACUCUAGAAAAGGAUGCAGAUGGCCUUGCAGAGAAGGCUGAGAAUACAGCAGGGACCAAGAUGGCAGAACUUAUCACUAAAUCUAAUUCCAUGAGAAAAAGAUGCAAGGAAAAGAGAAGGGAGUUGGUGGACCUAGACCAUGAAAUUGAGAAGAGAGCAGCAGAGCUACGCCACAUGUCUUGAGGAGAAUUUGGGAUGUUACAAAACAAAGGGUUUCUCUCAUUAAAAGUCAUGUAAUAACAUUUGUGUUUUCUA